AUGUCCACCAGUUCAAGCAAAGCGGAAGAGGCAACGUCAAAGCCGAGCGUGGACGAGGUUGUGGAGGCGGCGAAGCAACGUGAUCCGGACCAGCCCGAGUUUUUCCAGGCUGUCGACGAGGUGGUGGCGAGCGUCAAGCCGCUCCUAAAGGAGCGGCCCGAGCUUGUGGAUGUUCUCGCGCGGAUGCUGGAGCCUGAGCGUGUGCUGCACUUUCGGGUUGCGUGGCAGGACGACGAUGGGAGGACAGAGAUCAACCGCGGGUUCCGGGUGGUGAUGAACACGGCGUGCGGGCCGGGCAAGGGCGGGCUACGGUUCCACCCGUCUGUGGAUCUCUCGACACUCAAGUUCCUUGCCUUUGAGCAGACGUUCAAGAAUGCGCUGACGGGUCUGCCGCUGGGGGCAGCCAAGGGCGGAUCGGACUUUAACCCGCGUGGGCGGUCGGACGACGAGGUCAUGCGCUUCUGCCAGGCGUUCAUGUCUGCACUCUACACCGAGAUUGGGCCGGACACGGACGUGCCUGCCGGCGACAUCGGAGUUGGGGCGCGCGAGAUCGGGUUCCUGUACGGGCAGUACAAGCGGCUGACGCGGCGGGCCGACGGCGCGAUGACGGGCAAAGGCUCGAACUGGGGCGGAUCGCUGGUGCGGCCUGAAGCAACCGGCUACGGGCUGGUGUACUUUGCGCGCCACAUUGUGGCCGAUGCCGACGAGUCGUUCGACGGCGCGAAGUGCCUGGUCUCAGGAUCGGGCAAUGUGGCGCUCCAUGCGGCGGCCAAGCUCAUUUCACUCGGCGCCAAGGUGGUGACGCUGUCGGACUCGUCGGGCGUCAUCCACGAGCCCGACGGCCUAACCGAGGACGGGCUGGCGUUCAUCACCGAGCUCAAGACCGUUCGCCGCGGGCGGAUCAAGGAGUACACCGAGGAGUUCUCCGAGUCGGCCGAGUACGUCGAGGGCGGCAAGCCGUGGCAGUUUGCCGGCGACUACGCUUUUCCGUGUGCGACGCAGAACGAGCUCGACGGCGACGAUGCUGCGGCGCUGGUCGACGCCGGCGUCCGCGGCGUGUUUGAGGGUGCCAACAUGCCAUGCACCGCCGAGGCCAUCGAAGCCAUCAAGUCUGGCAGCCUGAUGUACUCGCCGGGCAAGGCGUCCAACGCUGGCGGUGUCGGGGUCUCCGGCCUGGAGAUGGCGCAGAAUGCCGGGCACGUUUUCUGGGAUGAGGAGGAAGUCGACAGCAAGCUGCAGUCCAUCAUGGAGGACAUCUACACCGCAGCCAAGGACACAGCCGACCGGUUUGAUCUCGGCGGUGACCUGCAGGCCGGCGCCAACAUUGCCGGCUUUGAGCGCGUGGCCGAUGCCAUGGUUGCGCAGGGGGUGUGGUAA